UUGCAGUUACUUGCUUCAGGAAAUUGUUGCUGUUUAGCGUUGCUAGUUUAGUUACAUGUGUAAAGUUGAAUUUAGUUUCAUCUUUAAAUAGGCAAAUUUAUUUUAAAGAGUUAUUUGCCUUUGCUGGUAUAAUUUGUUUUAAAUAACGAAAGGGUCAGAUUUUGUCCUUCCAUAUCAUAGUGACCAAAAAUAAUGCUUUUAGCACAAAAAUAAAUGUGCAAUUUUGUAAAGUUUAUUUAAACACCCCUUCGGUAAGCUUUUGCUCAACUCUUUCCUUUUUUUUCAGUUUGUAAGGACUAAUUUAGAACUUGCAGAUUUGAAUUGGCUAGACAGCUGUAAUCGCACUCCUCCUAGUCUUAAUCUCUUUAUCUGGGCAGCAGCUGCCAUAUGGUCUCAGUCAGCUGGAUCAGAUGUUCAUAAGCCUCCUUCUCCGUCCCUCUCUGUCCUCCCAGUCUCCUAAUUUGAUCGCAGCUACCUUGUGAGCUGUCCUGCAAUCUUUAUUUUUAGCCAUCUUAAGGAUUAGGAUUGAUGUGGACUACGAGGCACUUAAAGUGAUUGUAUUGUAAAUCUGCUGUAGACCGCCUCUUUGGGGAGGAUGUUCCGUUUCUCCAAAGAUUUGGGGAGGGGGAACGGGGAGAAAAGGGUUUGGCGAGAGGUUUGUUACCCCCCCCAAUUCGCCUAUAAGCCCCUCAUUAAUGAAGGUCUGAACGCUGUUUCGGGGUAGCGUGGGGGGACUUGGCUUGGUAUUCCAAUCAGAUUUAAACGAAGAUUCAAAUGAGUUCGUUUAAGUCCGCUGGUUGAACAUGAUGCCCGUUUUUUCUAGACAAGCACUAUCUCCGGGGGUAACAGGUUAUGAAGACAGCAUGGAGUUUCCAGACCACAGCAGACAUUUGCUACAGUGUCUGAGCGAGCAGAGGCAUCAGGGUUUCCUUUGUGACUCCACCGUGUUGGUCGGCGAUGCCCAGUUUCGAGCCCAUCGCGCAGUGCUGGCCUCAUGCAGCAUGUACUUCCAUCUCUUUUACAAGGACCAGCUAGACAAAAGGGACAUUGUUCAUCUGAACAGCGACAUUGUCACGGCCCCGGCUUUCGCUCUUCUGCUCGAGUUCAUGUACGAAGGAAAGCUUCAGUUCAAAUCGCUUCCGGUAGAGGAUGUGUUGGCCGCCGCCAGCUACCUCCACAUGUACGACAUCGUCAAGGUGUGCAAAAAGAAGCUCAAGCAGAAGGCCACGGCUGAGGCGGACAGCACCAAGCGGGAGGAAGAUGCUUCCAGCUGCUCCGACAAGGUGGAAAGCUUCUCCGAGGGUGGAAGCACAGGCCGGCCGGCCACCGCCGACCUGAUGCACAGCGAUGACGAAGAUAUGGAAAACAAGAGGGACAGUCCUCAGGCGCCAGGUAGCAUGUGGAUGCGUCUGCCUUCAGAUCGGACCACAUCUCCCACCACUAGCCCCAGGGAGGCGGAGACGCACGGUCCCGACACUGGCAAAUCCCCUACCGGCAGCCCCAGUAGCUCGACCGGCUCCUUGUCCCGUCGCUCCGUGGCCUCUCGGAGGAUCUCCGCUGACGCGGACUGUGUGCUUGACCUCUCUGUAAAGUCAGGCCUGGGUGGCGGUCCCGGAGAGACCGUGGCCAGCAACCCGUACUUUUGCAGCUCAGUGACUCCAGACAGCCUGCAGAGCGCGCUGGUUCAGGUGAAGGUGGAGAAGGACACCGGUUCGGAAGAUGAGGAGCUGGUGAGCGGAGACUACGAGAUGGAGCACAGCGGAGUGAAGGAACCGCCUAGCACCAACGGAACCCACGUCAGCCUCGUCGCACAGCGGAGACUGGGUUUGGAGGCUCACCUUUCGGCCCUCCGCGAGGCCUCGCUGGCCAGCGAGCUGGACCGUGAGGACAAAGGAGGCGACAGCGAUCCCGACGUCCUUGGAGGGGAGAACGAGCGAGCGCACGAGGCUGCGGGAGUGGAGAGCUCUCUGUUGCCUUACGUCUCCAGCAUGCUGGGGGCUCCACACACUCAGAUCUUUAUGUGCCCCUUAUGCAACAAGGUCUUCCCCAGUCCCCACAUCUUGCAGAUCCAUCUCAGCACACAUUUUCGCGAGCAGGAAGGCGUGCGGGCUAAGCCGGCCAGCGACGUCAACGUUCCCACCUGUUCUAUCUGUGGCAAAACCUUCUCCUGCAUGUACACGUUAAAGCGCCACGAGCGGACACACUCGGGCGAGAAGCCCUACACGUGCACCACUUGCGGCAAGAGCUUCCAGUACUCGCACAACUUGAGCCGGCACGCCGUCGUACACACGCGCGAGAAGCCGCACGCCUGCAAGUGGUGCGAGAGGCGCUUCACGCAGUCAGGGGACUUGUACCGACACAUCCGCAAGUUCCACUGCGAACUGGUCAACUCGCUUUCGGUCAAAAGCGAGGCACUCAGUCUACCCACUGUCAGAGACUGGGCGCUGGAGGAUAGUUCUCAAGAACUGUGGAAAUGAAAGCUUAAAUUCUAGCAGACUGUUUGCGUGUUAAAUUAAUCAGAGAGAUCUGAGUGGCAUUUUUGGGGCAGAGAGGUAAAGGUAAGAGUGUGAGGCAGAAGGUCUGAAUCAGUCAUUUUUCUUGUAUGUACAUUGCAAAUCUUGUUGAAUUGCACUUUACUAGCACAUGAAAAUGUUACUACUGAUUUUCUUUUAAUAUAUAUAUAUAUAUUUUCUGGUCUCUUUAGGGUCUGUUUUUUCUUUCUUUAGGUUUUUAUGAAAUAUAGGUGCUGGUCUCAGUUACCACAUUUGAUAGAAAAUGAUUGGGAUUUGAAACUGUAUAUAAUUUAUUUGUAUACACUCCUAAAAUAUCAAAAGGAACAUCUGCCAUGAAAACCAUAAGAUUUCAGGUUAUAGACGAGAGGAGUUUAAACAUAAGGGCACACUAAACGGGUACUACGCUCAUAUAUUUACCUGUACACAUUAAGCUCAUGUUGGAGUUUAUAUAGUGCACUACUAUAAUAUGUAAAUGUCAUACCUGAUGCGUGGUUGUGCGUGCGUAUUCAUGCACACACACACACACAGAGGUGUGAGCGGGUCGGUCCUUUAAAUCCCACAAGGAAGUCUCUGCACAGAGAAGCUCUAAGCUCGCAUUACUUAAGCUCUUGUACAUUUUGAACUCGUAGGAAACUUGACUGAUGGAAGACAAAAAAGGCACUCAUGCAAUGUACAGCCUCCUUUUUCAUAUCAGUUACUGCAUUUUUGUAUCCUUUCUUAGAUUUGUUUGAUGUCAUUCAUUUGAAUUUUAGUUGCAGUCGCUCACACGUUUACUACUGAGGUUGGUUUUUACAUCGGCUGCAUUUCUAGUGAUUUCUGUAGUGUUUGAAGAUUUUUCGUUUUUAAAACGGAAUCUGUUGUUGCAUGAUGUCUGACCUGUAUAUUGAAAAAGAUGUGACUUGCUGUAUUGCUGUACACUGUAAUUGACUGAUUCAGUACAGUCAGGGCAACUGUCUGUUAAAAAAAACCUUUAAUAUUACCGCUGUAGAAAUUGCAUGAAUUUUAUUUAACUUACUCUUUUUCGUUGUCGUUUUGCAUCAGAGAGUGUAUUUUUUAAUGAUCUCAUUUGAUUCGUUGGUAGAUUUAAGUUUUCAUUAGAGAAUGAAUUUGGGGGUUCUGGUAGGAUGUGAAGAUUGUGGAAAUGCACUGACUUUGGGCUGCAGUAUCUACUACACACACAAAGCGAUUCAGGGGUCAAUAAGGGGCACACGCAAAUUUUGAUUUCGAAAGCUAACGUGGCCCCUGUUGGCGUCUCCUCACGCGCUGCUCCUCCUAGAGCUGGGUCUUCAACUGCUGUCUGUCUCAGUCCUGUUUACUGGCUGUCGUCAUUUGAAUCAUGUCGGCUGUGUUUCUAAUUUAUUUAUUUAUCUUUUCGAUUGGCACUUGCUUUAGAUUCGAAUGCCAUGAAGACACAUUUGGUACAGCUCUUCUGUUAUGGGUGUCCUCAUCAGCGCACAUCUGUAGGGAAAGCUGAAGGAUCUUUAAACGGCAUCAACAAACUGCUUUGUGUUCAAUGCACACAUUUUUAUUUCUGAGUGGAUUGUGUUUGGAAAGGUUGGGUGCACCUUUGAAGCUUAAUGAAAUUAGAAUAAUGUGCAAAAGAGGCCUUUAUGAAAUUUAUAAACCUAAAAUACUGCAACAUUGACUUGUUACAUCAAAAAAGAAAAAGAUUUAUACAUUUCUGAUUGUUAUAAAGAGUGGUUAUCGCUUAUGUAAAAUAAACUUUUUGCAACAUUUUGAAAAAUGUUUAUCCUGAAAAUGUUUUAUUUGUUAUUCUUUUAAAAUCAUUUAAUUUGCAAAAAUUAUAUUAAAGUUGUUUUUUUUUUCAAAAUGUGAAAUUCAGUAAAACACUUUUUUUGUUUGCUUUGUUUUGUUUCACAAAAACACACUUAUAUUUUCAAAAUUAGAGAAUUAAAAAGCAAAAAAAAGUGUAUAUGGGUUAGCGCUGUAGUCGUAGAUCAGUCACUUUAAACUGGUUUAGUUAAAGAGGACUGGCGGCUCUACACGUUUCGGGCUGGACGGAAAUGUGCGCACAGGCCUCAGGAACUGUCCUGCCAGCCAUAUAUUUGACCGGUGCAACGGCUAGUGAAAAGGUUGAGCUUUGCCAAUAGCCCACGCUCCUCGUGGCGUUUUGCACGGCGGUACUUUUACCUUUUGCACUCUAAAAUAUGAUGGAGAAAAAGUCAACUUGUUUUUCUAUGCUUUCCUUUUUUUCUUUUAUGUUGGCUUCUACUAUUGUACUUGACCGCCUUAAACUACUGUUAUCAGCUUAAACUCAGAGGGUGAAAACUGGAAACGCUGGAAUACUGGAUGUUUUUCUUUUCUUUUGUUCAAUGGAAAUGAAGCUGUGAAAUGGCCUAAUAAUGACGCAUAUCCUUACGUUAGACACCCCUUUAGUUUACUUGAAACCCAGGAACCCAAGUGUGAAGAACAACUCUGUCAAAUUCAGACUUAGAGGGAAUUGGGGAGGAAUAGAUUUGAAGAAAGAUAUCUGUUGAAUUCAAGGACAAUCGCUGUCUGAAAACGAAGAUUUUACUUCACAUGUAAUUGCUUCCCUUCUGAGAUUUUUUGCUAUGUUGACAUUGUUCUUUUUAUGGAUUUAGACAUUUAGCUUUGACAAUCAUAGUACGUUUCAUUUUCUCAAGGGAAGUAAAUUAUGAGGCUGUUUAGUUUUGUACUUUUUGGUGUGCUGUUGGUGAAAUUUUUAAAUUGUGUGCAAACUGCAAUAAAUUAUAAGAACCUU